AUGAAAACUUUAACCAACCUUAUUCUCAACAACAAGUACCAGCUCGAGAAGCGGAUUGGUUCCGGCUCGUACGGAGUCGUAUACUCUGCGCGCCACCUGUUCACGGGCAAGAUGUACGCCAUCAAGAUCAUCCUCAAGAACCAGUCUGUCCACGGCAACAAGAAGCUGCUCGAGCAGAUGGAGGCCCAGAUCCUCGACAUGGCGCUCGCGAACGGCGGCAACCUGGCCGCCAACCUGCUCAGCCUCGCCAUGAUCGAGCAGAACGGCACGCACUGCAAGAUCCUCAAGGAGAUCAGUCUGCAGCUCAAGGUGCACAAGCACCCCAACGUGCUGUCGCUGUACAAGGUGUACGACCUCAAGCCGGCGAUCUUCGUCGUGAUGGACUACUACCCGGACGGCGACCUGUUCAACACGAUUGUCGAGAAGCAGCGCUACAAAAACGACCCGUUCCUCAUCAAGAGCGUGUUUCUGCAGCUCGUCGACGCCAUCACGUACUGCCACUCGAAAAACGUCUACCACUGCGACAUCAAGCCCGAAAACAUCCUUGUCGCGGAAAACGGCACCAAAAUGAUCCUCGCCGAUUUCGGCCUCGCGCUCCAGGACCACCACAUCGAGUCCAACAUCUGCUGCGGCUCCAGCUACUACAUGUCGCCCGAGCGCAUCCAGAACUUCUGCCAGGGCUUCGACUCCAAGGACGCGCACUCGAUCCACCUCGAGCGCCUGCUCCAGCCGUCCUCCGAGGGCCUGCGCGAAAACGUGCGCUUCCCCACCAGCGCCGGCGACGUGUGGUCGCUCGCCAUCAUCCUAAUCAACCUCGUCACCAUCAGAAACCCCUGGCUCAAGGCCUCGCUCCAGGACACCACGUUCAAGGCGUACGUGAAGGACCCGACCGUGCUGCUGCGCAUCCUGCCCAUCUCCACAGAGCUCUUCCACAUCCUGUGCAAGUACCUCAGGCUCAACCCGUGGGAGAGAAGCGACCUGUUCGAGUUCCGCCAGGACGUGCUCACGUGCUCGCGCUUCGCCGACUCCGGCCCGCUCUCCGUCGACGCCAGAAUCGACCUUGCCGACCAGUGGCAGUACUCGUGUCAGGUGCCUGUGGAUCACGUGCAGCUCGACAAGAUCAAGAGCAGGGAGCGCGCCGUGCCCGAGGAGCACGAGACAGACCACAUAAUAGACCUCCCGCUGCCCCAGCGCCGCGGGCCGUGCGGCAGCUGUGCCGACUGCGGCUACGGCGCGCGUCCCGCGCCGCAGCCCCGCGUGCUCGACCGUCUGUUCCACGGCAAAAGAUCAGACGAGCCGUAUGCCUCCGCCGAGAACGACAACAUCCGCGUGAUGAUCCACGGCGUCGACUCCGACGCGUCGAGCGUCUCGAGCCUCAGCAUGGCGAGCCAGAUCGCCGUCAACGGCUGCUCCUACAUCAACCUCGAGUACUGA